AUGUCCGAAGAGGAACGCAUCGGAGUCGUCCUUCUUGUGACAGCCCCAAUCGGUAGCUCAUUUCGGAAUAUCGUCCGAGCAGUCGGACGCGAACCACCAUCCAGCCCUCCUGUUGCCUGGGAAAGCCGAGAAAACCGCGCCUUGCCGAAUAUUGAAUCCCGGCUUAAGUUUAUGACACACUAUGCCCUGUGUGUCAUCCCCAGCGAGAUAUGGGACCACCCGUCCUUGACCCUCCUCACCAAGUUCGCCCAUGCAAAAUUCUGGGACCAUCCCGGAGAUUCAACCAGUUCGACGGCUUCGAGAAGCAGCAGAAGUGGCAGUAUUAUAGAACGGAACGCAGACAGGACUUGGGAGAAGCCUUAUAUCCGAGCGAUAGAAAGUGGACAGGAGAUUGGUCGGACGAAUAUGUUCUACCGGGGCCUUCGACGUGACUGGAGAUACAUGCCUGUUUAUUGGAACUGCCACGACCUUGCAAUCCGCCUAGCUUAUCUCAUUGUACCAGCGUCCAAUGACGUAAUGGGGUUUCUACGAGAGCUCAUGAGAGGUUUGAUGGAGGCCUACUUCAGGGAACGUGCCUUGGUUUGGCAGUCGACGAAGGUGGCUCUGGGCAUAUGGACUACAGGCGCUUUACGUACCCUUGAUGCCACGCCAUCGUUGACUGCCGUUGAUACCGUCCUUUUUAUGGCUGAAUUGGGGGUGGGAUACUAUGUUUCAGAGGCCACGAUGGCCAAAUUGAGGACAAAGGAGAUGUACAUGCGUAAGCUGGAGGAACAAUUUCCAAAGCUCAAGCCACUUCACUUUCACUGGAGAAGGUGGUCUUUCUAGAGUUAUGUCUGCUUUCUGAUAGGAUUGGCUCUAAAUUGUUCAACUAUUGCCUCCAAGAAAUCCGUUGCUUCAGUAAGAGAAGGGACUCUUUUGAG